AUGUCUUUUGCACGACAGGCUUAUGCUCAGAUCCAACGUAGGGCGUUCACCGCCUCUGCGAGACAGUCCUCAAAGGUCACUGUUCUCGGUGCUGCUGGUGGCAUCGGUCAGCCAUUGUCUCUGUUGAUGAAACUCAACCCUCGCGUCUCCCAAUUAGCUCUCUACGACAUCCGUCUUGGUCCAGGUGUGGCCGCCGAUAUCAGCCAUAUCAACACCAAGAGCACCGUCAAAGGCUAUGACCCAACACCGUCGGGCCUCAAGGAGGCCUUGACUGGUGCCGAGGUUGUCCUCAUCCCAGCCGGUGUUCCAAGAAAACCCGGCAUGACUCGUGAUGAUCUCUUCAACACCAAUGCUAGCAUCGUCCGUGACCUGGCAAAGGCUGUUGCUGAUGCUGCACCCAACGCCAAUGUCCUGGUCAUUUCCAACCCCGUCAACUCAACCGUUCCCAUCGUGGCCGAGAUCUUCAAGUCCAAGGGCGUCUACAACCCCAAACGCCUCUUCGGUGUCACCACUCUUGAUGUCGUUCGAGCCUCCCGAUUCGUCUCCGAAAUCAAGGGAACCGACCCUGCCGAUGAGAAUAUCACCGUUGUUGGUGGUCACUCCGGUGUCACCAUUGUGCCAUUGAUCUCACAGUCUGGCCACAGCGAUAUUGCAGGGGAGAAGCUCGAUUCUCUGGUCAACCGCAUUCAAUUCGGUGGUGACGAAGUUGUCAAGGCUAAGGAUGGUGCUGGAUCUGCCACACUCUCCAUGGCUAUGGCUGGUGCCCGCUUCGCAGAGAGCCUGUUGAAGGCUUCUCAAGGUGAGAAGGGUGUGGUUGAGCCUACAUUUGUGGACAGCCCUCUCUACAAGGAUCAAGGAGUCGAUUUCUUCGCAUCCAGAGUCGAACUUGGACCAGAAGGCGUGGAGAAGAUCCACGACAUUGGCAAGAUCACCACUUACGAGGAGGGUCUAGUUGAGGCCGCAUUAUCAGACUUGAAGAAGAACAUCCAGAAGGGAGUCGACUUUGUCAAGGCUAACCCAUAA